AUGGCUCUUACUAAGAACUGUGAACUCAUCUUCCACUCUCUGAUCUAUAGAAACCUGAGGCGCUUUUCCAAAGCCUCAUCGUCAUCAGACGUACAACGGAUACUGCAGGUGACAAGAAGGACUUCAUCUCAAAUUACCUUUCUUAUAGCACUGACUGCUGCCAUGACAACCAUACAAGCAAUGGAACAGACCACACUGGGUGUUGGCUUUGAUGUGCUGCAGUCAGGAAAAGCUGCUGGAAUGUACUCACAUAUAUGGAAAGGAUUGUCAGAGAAGUUCUUAAAGGGGGAACCAAAAUCCAUGGGUGUCAUGCAGAUUCUGGCUGCCUUAAUGAUCCUUAGCCUAGGAAUAAUAACAAUAAUUAUCUCAGAUUCAUUUAAUAAAUCAGAAAACAUUGCAUUUGGAAGUACAUACCCAUGUUGGGGGCCUGUGUUGGUCCAAAGCAACACGGGAUUGAACAUCGCUAGCUCAAUAGUGGCUUUGUUUGGAAUCAUCUUCAGUGUGAACAGGUUGCAUGAUUUGUCAUUUGAUUACAAUUUCUGCAGAUAUAAUUAUAUGCCAGACCAAUGCUUGCAGAGCAUGACCAUUUGCCUGGGUAUGCAAGUCUUGGUGAUCAUUUUAAACUUGCUGGAAUUCUGCAUCACUGUGUCCCUUUCUGCCUUUGGAUGCAAAGUGACCUGUUGCAAUCCCAGUCGGGUUAUGGUAAUUAUGCCUUCAAGUCUUCCUGCAGUAGGAACAGCAUCUCCAGCAUCACUUCAAGGAGGUUUGAUGAUGACAUCAGCACACCAAGAGAAAGAUGUUCCAGAAAAUAUGCACUGAUUACAGUGCCAGACCCCCAUGGGAAAACAUCAGAAUAUCUGUUGUGUAGGUGUGCGUUGUGUGUAUAAAUUCAGUUUAAUUGGUUCUCUACCAGAAUAUCAAAUGUUGAACAAAUAAAUCAUGUGAUUAAUGGUAAACAGCACUUGGAUUUUUUAGCCAUACUCAAGACAGUAAAAAGCAUAGAAGCUUUGACAAUAUGUAAACAG